AAGUACAAUUCCUCAAAUAUUACUUUUGAUACUCUGUUAGUGGUAUCAGAGCCUCUUUUUCUCUGAAAACAAGUUUGAUCCUGAAACCAUGGCCGACCAGAGCCCCUCAACCGACUCAAGCAAGACUGCCAUCACCACUCCAGCAAUUGUUGCCGCUCCGACUGUUGGCAACCCAAACACCAAUUCAACCAAUGUCAUCACCUUCAACGUUGCUAUUCAGUUUCCAGUGAAACUCACUACUAAUAACUACUCAAGUUGGAGUAGGCAAUUUAUUUCACUACUGAAAGUCUAUCGGUUGUACGAGUUCUUGCUGGGAACGAGGCCAUGUCCACUUAUAGAUCCCACUCCAGACUCACCCUAUGAUGUUUGGGUGAGACAAGAUCAAUCCAUUCAACAUGCAAUUUUGACUUCAAUUACUGAAUCUAUUCACCCAUAUGUGGCCAGUACUGAAACCGCCCAUGAAGCAUGGAUUGUGCUGGAAAGACUUUACGCCAAUAACUCUCAAACUAGAAUUGUGGCAUUCAAGGAACGAUUGUCAAAUCUCAAAUGUGACAGCAGAACAAUCACCAACUAUUUGCGUACGGUCAAAGAGCUUAUUAAUCGUAUCAGUCGUGCUGAGAAAACACCCCUUUCCAAUUCAACAAUACAAGUGCAUUUCUUGACUGUUCUCGGAUCAGAGUACUACGAGUUCAAGGCCUCUAUACGAGCGCGAGAUGGACCGCCAUUGUCCUUUGAAGAUUUGCAAGACAGAUUGUUGGCAUAUGAAGAGUCUCUACAGCGAGAAUACUCUCGCCAAGAAUUGCAAGCCCCAUUGAUGGCGCAGUUUGCAACUGCUACUCCUAAGUUUAAUGGUGACUAUCACAAUGCUAUGAACAGUGUGCAGCCGACUUCCUUCAAUUCUUAUGGACCUUCAUCCAAUCAACCCACUAGAUCUGGCAGCCCAAAUUGGCAAUUUAAUGGUCCAGUGAACUGCGGAAACAGGGGCGGUUGUGGUAGAGGUGGUCGACGAAAUUCAGUCAACAGGAAUCAUGCACAUGUGGCAAAUUUUGCAUCCACAUCUCGCAAGGCAAGAAAUGAAUGGUGGAUCGAUUAUGGUGCAUCCGAUCAUGUUAGCCCAGACUUGUCUAACCUUGCAUUACAUUCGGAAUAUGGUGGACCAGAUGAACUGCUUAUUGGGGAUGGAUCAGAUCGCACCACGGGAGUGACGCUUCUUCGAGGGCACAAUCAUCAUGGCGUGUACCGCCUACCCGCCCAAGGUCCACCUAAGACGAGUCCAAUGGCAAUGGUCUUUUACUCCAGACAUGUUGUCUUUGAUGAGCAUGAUUUUUUCUACCAAAAAUCCCACAACUCAGUCGCAGGUGGUGGCACUCAAUCCUCUGUUAGCCCAUCCAAAUUAGCUACUGUUUCUCCACCAGACAUUGCUAGCCCUCAAGCAUGCUCUCAUGGUGUAGCCCAUCCACAUGACCAUCAGGGUACUUGGGAACUUGUUCCUCGCACUGAUGUUCAAAAUGUCAUUGGCUGUAAGUGGGUGUUCCGUGUCAAACGGAAUGAGGAAGGUGGUAUUGACCGAUACAAAGCACGUCUUGUGGCUAAACGAUUUCACCAACGACCUGGGUCCGAUUACUUUAAUACCUUUAGCCCGGUGAUCAAACCUACACCAAUUCGUACAGUGCUUUUGUUGGCUGUGAAUAAACAUUGGCCUAUUCGCCGUUGGAUCUCUCAGCCCCAGCAUGUUUGCCGCCUUCGUAAGUCCAUCUAUGGUCUCAAACAGGCUCCUCGUACUUGUACUGAGAAGCUAAUUGAAUCAAUUAUUUCCUUAAUGGGUGCCACCUUCUCUAUCAAAGAUUUGGGUUGCCUCAAUUAUUUUCUUGGUGUGAAUGCUAUCUUUACCAAUGCUGGUCUCUUUCUGUUACAAGCUCAAUACAUCCGUAAGCUGUUGGCCAAGUUUGGCAUGAGUGAUGCUAAGCCUAUGCAAUCCCCAUUGUCCACUGUCCCGUUGCAAUUACAUCAAGGGAAUCAGCUCUCUGAUGCUCAACCGUAUUGUCAACUUGUUGGUUCUUUGCAAUACCUUGUUGUUACUCGGCCGGAUAUCUCUUUUGCUGUUAACAAAUUAUCUCAGUUUCUUCAUGCUCCGUCUGAUGUUCAUUGGCAAGCUGCGAAGCGGAUUUUGCGAUAUCGUAAAGAUUGGGCUGGUAACAAGGACACUUAUCAUUCUACAACUGGAUAUGUGGUGUUCCUCUGUAGCAAUCUCAUUUCUUGGCGAGCUUGCAAGCAGAAAACUAUUGCUCGUAGUUCCACCGAGGCAUCGUUGCUGCUUCUUCUGAAUUGCAAUCUAAUAAUGCAUACCAAGAUGAAGCAUAUAGCAAUUGAUCUCCAUUUUGUUCGGGAACUCGUUGAUCACAAGGUCCUUCGAGUGAGCCAUAUCUCCACUGUUGAUCAAUUAGCCCAUGGCCUCACCAAACCACUUUCAUCGCGUCAUUUUGCUCAACUCCAAAACAAGAUUGGAGUCACCAAUGGGAGCUCCAUCUUGAGGGGGCAUAUCAAGGAAAUCCUGCAGAUUGAGUGAGAUUAUUUCUAUUCAAUACUGCAUCAAUGAUUGGUUCUUCAUUCAAUACUAUAUCUCUGAUUUGAUGUAUACAUAUUGUAAUAAUGACUAGGAUAUUUACCUUGUAUAUAGCUGAUUCAGUUUCCAUUCUUCUUGGCUGUAAUACAUGUAUAUAUAUAUCCAUGAAAUCAAAGUAGAAAGUACUA